AUGCUCCUCCUCCAUCCCAAGAAAGACCCCCGCCUCUCCAACAUCUCCACAGAAGUCAUCGAAGACGAAUUCGCCGUCCUCAAAUCCACCUAUCAAGCCCCCAAACACCCCAUCAUCCUCGCGCACGGCCUGCUCGGAUUCGACGAGCUGGGGCUCGGAGGGGCGAAUCUCCCGGGCAUUGAGUACUGGUAUGGCAUCACGCAGGCGCUGGCAGCGAAGGGGGUAGAGGUGAUUACUUCGGCCGUGCCGCCUUCGGGGAGUAUUGAGGAUCGGGCGGGGAAGUUGGCGGAGGCGAUUGAAGGGAGGGCUGGGGGGAAGGCGGUCAAUAUUAUUGCCGGCCUCGACUCACGAUACAUGAUAUCACGACUCCAACCAUCCAAUUUGAAGGUCCUCUCCCUAACAACCAUAGCAACCCCCCACCGCGGCUCCUCCUUCGCAGACUACCUCUUCGCCCAAAUCGGCAUGACCAACAUCCCCAAAAUCUACAAAGCCAUGGAGUCCUUCGGCCUGGAGACUGGCGCCUUCAGCCAACUAACCCGCGAAUACAUGGCUUCAUCUUUCAACCCGCGCACUCCGGACGUCGAAGGGAUCAAGUACUACAGCUACGGCGCGCAGUUCGAGCCGCAUCUCCUGUCGGUGUUUCGGAAGUCGCACGAUGUGAUUGCUAAGGUCGAGGGGCCGAAUGAUGGGAUGGUGAGUGUGGAGAGUAGUCGAUGGGGGGAGUAUAAGGGGACGUUGAAUCAUGUCAGUCAUCUGGAUUUGAUUAAUUGGAGCAAUCGGCUGCGGUGGUAUUUUUGGGAACUGACGGGGAAGAGGAAGAAGAAUUUCAACGCCAUCGCGUUCUAUCUGAGCAUCGCUGAUAUGCUUGCUAAGGAGGGGCUUUGA